UUGUUGGAGUAACGUAUAGGCUACAUUGGCCUACACUAGGUUUUUAAUUUUCUAUUUCAUUUGGGGCCACCAAAUUAGACCUAUGUAUGAUUAUGUAAGGCCAGCCCUGUUAUAAUAAUCAUGACUAGAUAGUCUAUAGAUGAUAGUUCUAUCCAGUACAAAAAAAAAAAAACAACAACAAUAACACGACCCCUUCUCCACCCUUGGAUGUUUGUUCGUUUGUUAUCAGCUGGCGAGUUGAAAAAAAAAAAAAAGGAAUUGCAAAAGGAAUGGAAUAAAUAAUUCGCCAUUAAAGAGAAAAAAAUCCACAGCCAGCCUCGCUCUGGAACCACUGUAGACUGAGGCUUGAGUAUGCCGUUGCUGUGACAUAGAUGGUGAAAGCAUGCCUUCACCUGGUCGAGGAUUUUGUUUGGGGCUUAGAAUGGAUGGAAAUGAAAAUAUAGCAGCAACCACAGUUUCUACGCUUCCUCUCCACUCACAUACUGCUUCGACAAGGACUUGGCAAGGCAACCAGACAAUACCACUCAACUCUAGGGAUCAGAGCUAUAGUAGUAGCCUGGACAACGACCGCAGUUCCAUUGGGGACUCACAGAUGUCUUCUGACAGCACAGUAGACAAUAUUUCACCAAGCUCAACCAAAGCCACCCUGUCUCACCCAAGCACUUUAAUCAUGGAGCCAGGUCCAGUCAUCAAAAUGGGUACAGGUGCUCUUGGACAGAGGAAAGGUCUUGUACAUAAAGAAGUAUCCAGCUGGAAGGAUGUGUCCCCGAAAUCUGAAAGCUCCUCUCCGACCUCAUCUCCCAACAAUGAUGGUACCAACGUUGGAAAAUUAGGAAAUAGCCCUUGUGGAGAAGGUAGAACUAAGGUCCUGUUGAGAAGUCCAGUCAAGUCGGGCAACAACGAUGCGAAUGGCACAAACAGUAACAUUUCAUCCUCUAAAAAUGGCCCCAAGAAACAAAGCUCUAUAUCAAAAAGCCCAAGGGCAACUAGAAAAUUUGUAUCAGGAGCAAAAAAUAGCAACCUAUCAACAAGUCCUAAAAAACCAUCCAUGCCGUCAUCGUCGUCAUCCUCAUCAUCCUUUGAGGCCACAAGCCCUAAAAGGGGCAAAAUCAACAAAGGGAAGAGCCAUUAUGGCUCAGAACUAGACACAGGCCAGCUAGAUAAACUAAAACUAGCAGAUAAAUAUAAGAUAAGUGAAACUGUAGAUUUUUCCAAAGCCACCCCCAUAAUAGAGGCUUUAAAUGCCAAGGUGGACAAAGGUCACUCUAACACAAAGGCUUUGUCUCGGCUGACAACCUGGAAAGAUAUCUCUCCGACAGAGUCAAAGAUAGAAGGUGCCACUCCCUCUCACACUGACAAGCGUUCUCGGCCAGAGAGUGGCUAUUUCUCAAACGAAGUUCACAGUGAGUCAAGGGAAGGAAUGGAUGGCUCUCUGUCCUCAGAAAGUGACCAUGCAGGAACUAUAAAGCACAGGCCAAAAAUCAAGAAAGACAAUCAAAAAGAUAUAUGUACAAGUAGCGAUACAAAAACUGUUUUACAAGAGACUGACAAAAUAGUGGACACUGACCAAAGAGAUACCCCAGACCAAACAUCUUGCCCCUGUAAUGAUAGUGAAGAUACCAAUGGAUACACUGAUGGCAUUAUUCCAAACUCUUCCAGCCACUGUCCCCCUGACAAGGAUGCAGAGGAAUCAGCUGAGCGGCAAACUGUCUCCAAACAUGGCGGCCAUGCUGACUUGUCCAAACCACUGCCCAGCCAUGUGGCUAUGAUGGAGGAAUCAGAGUCCUCCUCCUCAUCUCCAAGACACUGGAGGAACACUAGAGAGCCUGGCCCUAGUGGAAGCUACUCCUCUGACCCUCGAUACCAGCGUCCAGAACUGUCUUCCCUCACCAGCAUGGACAACAGUGACAGUUUUGAUCACAACCCUGACCAAAGGGCAUCUCAGGAUGACAGCUCCUUCAACGAUUAUUUCUUUGAUGAGGAUUUUAUUGUGCAAUUUGAUGGCAAUCUGCAGAGCUCUGUUGGAGUUAUUCUUCAAGGAUCAUGUGCUUUUAGUUUGGCUGAUUCUCUGGCACCAGCUUUUCAAGGUCGGCGAAACAACCAUGUAUCAAGUCCCGGCCAGCAGGCUUUACUACCACAUUCCUUUAAUGGAAGCUACCCUACUUAUGGAGUCCUUAGAGACUCCUUCUUGCAGAAUGAAGAUCUGUAUUCAGGCCCAUGCGAGUCUGAAGUAUCAGGCACUGGGAGUAGAACUUCCAUGGACGUGUCAUCGUCAGAGAGAGAGAUGAUGUGUUCCAGUGACAUGUUGGACUUCCCAGGGAAUGAACCCUUGUUCACCCCUCCUGUCAUUACCUCUCAGGAUCAGAACUUGUCAACUGAUAGCCUGUCUAGGCAGUUGGAGGCAACUGAAGGUGAAGUGGCUGCUGCACACAGCCUUAGUGGUAGCCGUUCAUCCUCCACGACGGCUGACAUCACAGUUAAAUGUGGACCGCAUAAGGAUGCAUACUUCCUGUCAUUUGAUGGUGGAUCUCAAGGCAAGUUUUCUACAGAGAGUGAAUCUUCCUAUGUCUCUCAGACCUCCUCUCAAGAUGACAAACUAGGCAGUAGAUCCAUGAGUUCUGGGGGAGAAGCGGAAGAUGAACAGUCCAGCAGUUUCCAAUUUGCCAACCUGAAAUCUCGCAAUGGAAGUGUUGGGACGGGGAACAGCACUGCCCUGGUGCCAGCUGGCGGGGAGGGUAAGGGAAGGCUGUGCACUUGGAACAUGAAAGGGAGUCGCUACCCUGGGAGAAUUUGUCUGGAAGCUCUUCAGGAGUACCUGUCCCAGUCAUCUGGGUCUCCUGGCUCACUCAGUCAGAGUGCUGGUUCUCACAAGUUGUCUCCACUUUGUGCUGCACUGCUGUCUAGUGGAGAGUUGGAGAAACACUGUGCUCCCAAACAAUCAAAUGGCUCAUUCAUCAAACGAAGUGGUCGCCUCACCACCUGGAAACAGAUUAGAAAUUUGCGCAACCUAGGCAAGACUAAAGAUCUCAAUGUUGAAAAAUCAAAAUCUCUUCCAGAGCUGACUACCAAUAGUGGAUUCUCUGAAGAAACUACUGAUGAGGAGGAGGUCAGCAUUGCUAAGGAGAAAUCUCGUCGAGACGCGGACAAUGCGGAACGCAGUUUCCACCACAAGAGGCAUUCUUCCUAUGUGCUUGACUUGUACCAGAGACUGCGGAGCCAGUCCAACCCCCCUUCACCUGAUACAUUGGCCAAAAUAGAUCAGAUACUUCUGAGAGAAGGGUUCCUAAAUGCUGAUGAUCUGGCUGGGAAAGGGGAGGCCCAGCAGCAACAGCAGCAACAGUCACACCAGCAACAAAGAAGCUGCUGCCACAGUGCUGCCACCUCAUGUGACUCGGCCUGCUCCUCUGGUCAUUACCCAUUUUACAACAUGUGUGUCCAGCGAAGCGACAUAUUACAGAAACGGGCCCAGCUUAGAGCUGACUUUGAAAACCGGGAGAAGCUCCACUUGGAUCUAAAGAUGGCUGACACUGCCACAAACACCCCACCUCACGCCAAGACUGGCUGCACCCAGACACUACGUUCUCUUCGGUUGAUGACCUCCAAGGAGACAUUGAUGUCCCCAAGCACUGUGACCCUAUGGCUUGGCACUAGGAACUUCUCAUCCCAGUUCCCACCAAAAACACAAGAUUUUGGUUUGCAGACAUCAUUGGAAGGGCUACCAGAAACACAGCUGAAUCACCAAGCACAGCAGACAUCACCUUACACACCAGAGAGAGAUCUUUUCUCUCUGCUGGAAGAGGUGUGUGCUCGAUAUAGUAAGGAUGAAGAUCAAGGGCAAAUCUAUAACAGGGACUACAGAAGUGCUGUCCCUGAGCAAGACGAUAGAGCCGGUCACAACUCAGAUAGCCCAUACCGCAGACAAGUUGGUCAGAGCUUGGACUCGAGACCAUAUGGUUCUGUGAACAGACUAGAAGAAGUACCCAUGGAUUACUAUGGUGAGGCUCACCACUGUGGAGCUUAUGAGGUAAGGGAAACCUCCAGGUCUCCACAGAAAAUGUCUCCAUCACACCAGAUGCACAGAGCAGCUUCUGCUAAUGAUUGUCACAUGGCCAGGGUGAGAGCCUCUGAAAUUUACCGCAACGCAAGCCUGUCCCCAUCCAGAAUGGGUCUCAACUCUUACUACACACAUCGGUCUCUUCCGGAUCUCAGCUUCUUGCGAGAGAAGAGGAAGUCUUUUCUUUCUUCAUUGAAUGAGGGGGGUGAUCACAACCCAACUUCCCCAGACUCGUCGUUGUUUGACCCGGUUAAGAUACCCAUUAUACUUAGCCCUAUUGUGGAUAUGGAGUCCACUCGUUCCCAUUCUUGUUCUCCAUGCAGGUCGCAGUCCUGCUCCCCAUCCAGAAGACAGACGGUGUCCUGCUGUUCUUGCACUUGUUCCCAGAGGAGCCAUAGUUCACCAGCCAAAACUGCAGACGGUUUCUCAAACAAAUCCAAAUCUUUCACUGGGUGCUCCCCAACCAAGAAGCAGCAUGGCUCAUCUCCCCUGCGCUGUGCCCAAGCUCAAUACCCAAACCACAGCUCACCAGACCUGUAUGUCGAUCAUUGUCUCCCUGACCGUGCACAGCACAUGACCAAUGUCCGGUUGAAAAACUCACCCGUGCAUGCCUUAAAUAAACCCAGGUCAAGUAGCUAUGAGACUCUGAGAGACCAACAGACCAAACUAAUGGCAAUGAAAAAGGCUUCCAGUAUGUCUAAUACAAAGACAACUUCCAGAGCUACUCAGAGAACACCAGCUUCUAACACUAAAACCAGAGCUGUUUCUCACUCUCCUAGUUGUUCUCGUCUUCUCAGAAGCUCUGGUCAGAAAACAAACAGCAAUGAAUCUCUCAACAGGCAGGACUUGAAAGAAAACAUUGCCUCGCCUGUAGGACAAUCAAGUAAAACAAGUAAAGUGGAAAAAGUUGUCAGGGGAACUGAUCUUUCCCCUUUUAAUGGUGAGGGGUCUGAUGACGCUAAGGUAGCAAAGUGUUCUAGCCAGUGUGAUGAAGAUGGAUCAGGACACAGCGGUGGUAGUGGUGGAUUUACUCCCACAUACACACAAGGCCCAGGCAACACGGCAUCUUCCAAGUCUCUUUCAUCCACCUCUUCUUGUACAUCCUCCUCCUCCUCCUCGUCUAAAAAGGUGACCAGCGGCCAGUAUGUGGUCAGCUGCUUCUCUUCCUCGUCAGCAUCCUCAUGUAAGAGUGACCAGAGGAGUUCUUCCACGUCAACCAUUGAGUCCAAGAGCCAUGAAGAGGAAAACAGUGGCGAUGGAGAGCCACAGGGCAGAGUGGUUAGUCGAACUGCUCCCAGUGGACAAAGGUUAUCUGCGCUUUCUGCUAAGCUUCAGAAACAGAGCAGCACUGAAAGUGACAGCAACUCGGUUCGACUAAAAUCAUUUAAAGCCCUGACUGGUAAAGAAAACAAUGCUGAUCUAGCCAAGCAAAAAACAGGGCUUAAAAGGGGUAAAAUUCCAGUUCCUAUCACUAGAAGCCAAGGUUCUACUGGUUCGUCCUCCUCAAUAGCUUCAUCCAACUCAGGCUAUGUUGUUAGCAAGCCAGAUGUAAAGGCUACUAGUAAACUGCCAAUGAUAGCUAAAGGCAAGGAGGCCAUUAGUGACAAGAAGAGUGGCAGUAAGUUUGCAUCCAGAGCCAGAGAUGGAAACAAUGCUAAAUAUAGUUCACCAAGGCUGAAACCGAAACAGUCUCAAGAAGCCAUGGCAGAUGCCUACAACCAUGAUGAUCUACACAUAGUUGAGUCAGAUGGCCAGAUCCCUUGCUGUGAGAAUAAGAGGGAUGAAAGGUUUGUUGACAGGCAGACAGAAGAUGACAUUGUCUCCUGUAACUGCCAGUGUAAUGAUGACCAGCACCUGGCAGAUGGUUGUGGGGCCCAUGGUCACUUCUGUGAUCUUGAGCCUCCUUCUGAAUGCAUGGGGUGUGAGUGCACAGAGGACAUGCCCCCAGUGCUUCAGGAGAUUCUUGGGGAGGAUUGCCCUACAUCUCCUUGUUGCCAUUGCAGUCAUGCAGAUGCCCUAAAUGAAAAUGACGCUGGGGACCACAAUUCUAUCAUAGAUGGCAGAGGCUGCAUGGAGAUAUCGAAAGACCUGGAAAGGAUACUGUUCCAGCCUCCUCAUUUGGAGAGCAGCCUUGAGAGGGAGAGCAUGAAGGAUGCACUUGCAUGCAAUGAUUGUGAAGAUUUAGAAAAUAAAGAUGUGUCUGUUGAUGGGGAGUGUUGUAAGAUGAUUGAACUAUUAGUGGAGGACCCUCCCAAUGUGAUGGACCACUUGAAGAUGUACAACUCUCUUACAGACAUGAAAACUUCAGCCAGUGGUAAUGCCCUCUUGGCCAAGAAAAUCUCUGAUGGAGUUCACAGGCACAGCCAGGGAGACGCAAAAACAGCAGCCGCUGGCAACACUGCUCACACAGUUGUGGCUGUCCCUGCUGCUCACAAGCUCUCCUCAGGCCGAGUAGUGAAUGAGGCCUAUCCCACAAUUCCCAGGCACGACCCGAAAAGCGAGGCGGAACUCAGUGGCCCUGCCAAAUCUAGCCAACAGCAUCGAAUGAAUGCCAGACGUCGUUGGAGCACGGGUUCCUCCUUGAACACGUAUAACUUUGACGCUCUGUAUUCCCUUCAAGAAGAAAGUGGCCACAGCUCAGCAUCCUCCAAUCUGUCUUCCUAUGAUGACUUUACCCCUCAGCAUAGCAGCAGUUUCUGUAAAGAGAUCUGGAAUGGGCCAUAUGAUCAUCAUGCCCCCUGCUGCCAUGACAGCCAUCACCAUCACCACCACCAUGAUGAGAACCACUGUUUGUCAGACCCCAGCAUUGACGAGGAGUUGAUGAGGAGGUACCACAAGUGGCUACAGGAGAGGAAACCCUUAAAGUCUUGUUUGAGAAAAACUGCAUCUGGAACAUCCAUUGAUGUGCAUGCUCCAGUUAAGCCACCUCGUGUAAACGCUGGAAACCGCCACUCCAUAGCCUGCGAUGGCAACAUGCCCAUCUUGGUGUCAGAAGAAGGGUUUCCACAGUAUGAUUUGGUCACUAUGAAUGCAGUAGAAGUAGUGAGGAGAAGGAAACCCAAGCAUAGAUCCCGACACUCUCCUUCGUCAUCUUCUACAUCAUCCUCUUCCACCUACCACUCUACUGUCACGUCGUCCAACUCAUCCUCUGCCACCUCGGAAGAUUCCGCUAAGCUUAAGAGGGUUAGCUUUGCCUCCGAGGUAUCCUUCCACUCCCCGCAUCAGUCUCCAAAGCGGCCAAGCGAGGAGAGCAAGCCUGUGCUAGAAGUAGAGGCCAUAGAGAUGGGUGGUGACCUAUUGACCUUACAUUUGGUCGAAGGUAAAAAAAACAGAAGUGGUUCAGUCUCUAAGAAGCCAGCCACCUCAGAUUUAGGGACCACCACCACUACUACAGUGAAACCAGCAACUGAGCCGGCCCCACCCGCCGCUUCCACUUUUGUAGCAGAAACCUCUGUCAGUCUGCCUGUCGAUAGCAGAUCCAUUCCAGCCCCAGCUGUGGUUGCUGCCCUAGUUGAGACGACUGUCCAGGAGCCCACUGCCUCCCUGAUGGAGAAUAACAAUCUAAGUAUGUGCUUGCUGCUGAAGGGUAUAGCUCAGGCUGGCGAGUCACUGCUGCAACAUUUUUCUCAAGCUAAGGAUCCUUUUGAGAAGUUGAGGCUGGGCAGUUCAAUAGACUCUCCUGAAGUUGCUGCCCUGGUCUAUUGCGAACUUUGCCCUGCGGUGGAGAGGGUGGUAGCCCAUGGCAUGAGGGACUUUGAGACUGGGGUCCAUCUGUUUGGUAAAGUCAAGCUGACCCCAUGGAGAGUGGCUGAGAUGACUGCAGAAUUAGGUCCCUACACCAGACCACUGCAUGAUUUGGCCAAAGCAUUGAAGCAGAAACAGAGUCUGGCAUCCAACAGACACAAGUUUUAUGCUUUUGUGGCUGGGUUGCUCAACCUGAGGUUGCUGGACUUCUGGUUAGGUUAUGUCAGAUGUAAAGAGAACUUGGUACUUAAAGUCUACCAUGAGGAUGCUUGUCUAAGAGCAAGUUUAAAGGGUGUAUUGGAACAGACUUACAAUAGUUUGCUGGUAACACUGCAACCAUUGGCUGUUCUUCCUUUCCAAUUGGAUUUUGGACCAAUCACAACUCUUGUCAUGAGUGAAAGUUGCAUUAUGGUCACAUCAAAUAUCUCCACUUAUGAGAAUCCUGGUGAUAAAGUUUCAGAAUGUGCUAAUAGCUCACAAGCUGUUGCUCAACAGCAGCAGUUGAAACAAGUUGUGACCACAUCCUCUUCAACUGCAGCUACAACCAGCUUGAAACCAACCACUGCUUCUUCCACCAACUCUGGCUCUGCGUGGCGCUGGUUCAAGAGCCCAACAAUCUCCAAUGCGUUGGCUAGUGUGGCUGCCAAAAUUGGCUCCUCUUCAGCAGCACCUAUAGCCGCUGCCCAGUCCACAAAGCCGAAUGUUGAGAAGGAAGAUGUUGCCAAGCCAAAACAGGAACAAACCAAGAUAGUGGAGGAGGUAGUUAACAUUAAAGCCAGUCCCAACCAGGAUAGGAAUGAUGUAGAUGAAGUCGAUAGGACUAUGCCUGUAAACAUUAACAUCCCAGAUGACUCCUCAUUACCUGCGGUGGUCAGGGACCACAGUAGCCCAGUGGAGUUGUACAUUCGCAACAAACCAACUGAAAUAGUUGUUGAAGACUGUGAACCAUUAACUAAAGAAACAACUACCUACUCUAAAAACAUAAAGCCAGUUGUCUCAGAUCUCGCCCUUAUAGACAAUGGUUCUUACAAUGUGAAUAUCUGCAUCAAGGGCAACAAUGUCACCACUGCUGCAGUUAGCAACGAGUCCAAGGUCAGUGAUGGAUCCAGCUUCUCAGAGAUGGUGAUCAUGAAUGAGAACUACACCAACUCCAUCAAAUCUGAGGACAUUGACUGGGAAGAUGUCAGGAAGUAUGAGGAGCAUGUGAGAAGGCUAGAGGAACCGAUCAAGAUCUGUGAGAACAGUGCUGUUUACUCUCUCCCUAACAUAGAACUCAUCAGACAGCCUCAGCCUGUCAUCAGCCACCUGCCAGAAAAGACUUAUGUGGAGGUUAUUGAUGACUUUGCUGAGAAGUGUAGUGAAGACAAAAGUCAGUUGGAUGAAAAGCUUCAAAAGCUUGACCAGGCCCUGCAGAAAACAAAAGAGCAACAUACUGCACAAGAGACUGACGCAGAAGUGCAGCUGAAAGACAAGCUUGACCUGGUCAGAGAGGCCAUUACCACCCUAACAGAGGUGGAUGUUACUGCUGGCACAGAAGAAGCUUCUCCUCCCACAGAUUCUGGCAAUAAUGUUGGUUUAAAUUUACCUCUUGAGAAAUCACAGCCUCAGCCUAUUCCCCAGCCAUUGAAGAAAUCCCCUAGGUCUGGGUUUAGUCUUUUGUCUUUCUUUGACAGAAUUCUGCUACCUACAGACAAAGCCAAAAAUGUGACGGACAAAACUGCAGAGAGUAAGCCAGAGGACGUAACUGGUACCAGCGAUGGAACAGCAACACUUUCUCAUGACUCUCCUUCCUUAACCCAAGGGUCAGACUCUGUGGCCAGUACCCAGCCAACAACGCCGCUCACGCCCACUAAGCCUACCACACCUGUCAUGCCCACCACACCUGUCAUGCCCACCACACCUGUCAUGCCCACCACACCUGUCAUGCCCGCCAAGCCAACGCAGCUUUCCAUCGACCCCACUGUGGUGAAAUCAAACGAAAGCACUCCAAGCCGAAUUCGCUCUAUUUUCUUCAAGUCCAAGGCCCCUAACCCUUACAAGGAAAAGAUAAUUCAAGAGGAAAAAGAACUGAGCUGCAAAAUCAUUACAACUGCAGGGGCAGUAAGAAACAAGAGUGCUGAGAAUUUCCCCAAAGCCAGACCUUUGUCCGCAUUUAUGGAAAGAGACUGUGAUUUGAUGGAGGAGAGUGACUUCGCUGACCACAAGCCCCACAUUCGGCCAUUUUCAAUGUAUGAUGUCCCCCAUGGUUCAUCAUUACCUCUUGGGGAAAUGUUCUACCAAAGAAAGGAUGCUUCAGAAGUAUCAGUCCAGGCUGGGAUAGCUUCAAGUUGUCCUUCACCCUCCAUUAUGCCUAAAACCCAGGCACCAUGCUCAGCACUGCAAGUGGAAGCACUGCCAGAGGAUGUGAUGUCAGAGGCUUCAUUGAGUGACUCAGACAGCAGUGCUAGUGAGGCUCAAAAAGCUAAGAUUGAUGUUGCCCAGACCUGCCAGUGGGAUGGAAAGACAGACAACACUUUCCCUAUUCCAAACAGCAGAUAUGUUAUUGCAGUCACAACAUGUGUAGAGGAAGAAGAUUCUGAUAAAUUGGCUUUCAAAGAAGGUGACCAGCUUCAGGUGCUGGAGCAACUUGACUCGCAAUAUUUAUACUGUAGCAGCGGCAAAUGUGAAGGACUUGUAGAUCUAGCAGAUGUUAGACCACUUGCCAGCCAAUAACUUGAAAAGCCAAUCAUCUCUGUGUGAUUCUAGACUUUAUGUGUACAAUGAGUUUUCAUUACUUUCAGUCUUUGGUAUUUCUGACUUCCAACUCUGAUGGAUUAACAAGUCUGACUAGGAGAAGACUUUGUGCUGUUCUACUUUCUAGAUGGAUAGGCUGUAUGGAUUACUGUGUUGACAAAUCUUGGAUGUAUAUCAUGUAAUGUGAUCAUCAUGGUCAUAACACAAAUAAAAGCUUGUUUUUUUUAAGGCAAAGUAUGAUUUUUAAAAAUCAGUACAGCAUCUCUUGUGUAAGGAUUUAUUUCAGGUUUAGUGAAAUAAUUCAAAAACAUAUACAGAUUGAUAUAUAAAGGUUUACAUUUAAGUUGCAAAUUUAUAUACACCUCUUAGGAUUUAGUCUAAAGUGUGACUUCUUUAUUGUCAUCUGGUUAUUGAAAGAGUCAAAUAACUAGCCCCUUCUAGAAUUUGGAAGGUUUCUUUGGUUUCAAUUUUUGGAAUAUUUUCUCAUUUUGCCAGAUGCAAAAAAUUAUAUUUGAUCAUAUCAGGAUAGCUUCUAAUUAAUGUCAUCUAUAGUGUUAUGACCGUGAUGAUAUUUUGUGAUCUCUGAGAAUCUAGUUGGCGCGAGAUAAAUUUUUCUUGUCGUUGUUGCUAUUGUCCCUAUGAAGAUUGUGUAUAGAACUAGAGACAUAGCUAGUACACAUGACAUACUAAAUGAUAUGCUGGAAAAUAUUUCGUAAUUCUGUUAUGAUAAAUUGUCAAUAAAGUUUUUUUGUUUUGUUAGAAGCUUCAAUGCCAUUUGCUCAUCUAUUUGUUACAGGACAGUGGAUGGCAUUCUAGUCAACAGAAAGCUAGUCAGUGUUUUCCUGUCAUUGGUUUGAAACCUUGUACUUGAUGACUGUAGAAAACUCUUUGACCUUUCUUGUUGUAAUGGUAUAAUUGAACGGGACCAACUAAAAAGUCCUAAUAAGUCAUUUUGUUUGUGGCUGUUUAUAGUACUCGAAAGAGGACGCUAAUAAUGGGCACAUGUCUGUGGACUGAUAUGUGCUACAUGUUAAAUGUAGAAUUCUAUUAGUUUUCAUGGAACAAAUCAUUGAGUUGAAAAUUAAAAAAAAAAAAAAAAAGCUGUCACAUGGUUUUAAUUGGCAGUAGUCCAGAAGACACUAAAGUAAAGACAUUAAUGUAUCGAAAUUGACUAAAAUUGUUCCUAAUUUUUCUUUCUAUUAUAGCCAAAACAGUUAAAUUCCAUUCAGAGACUGUUUAUGAGUUUGUUUGAUGUAUAAACUUUAUUCUUUUGUAAUUUCUUUGGUUGUGUACCUAAUACUUAACAAGUUUCAUGUGACAGUUCCUUGUCGUGUAUAUACAGUCAAGUUCUUUGCUACCUGUUUGUCCUACUGUUUAAACAUUUUGAUGCUUCAAUCUCAUGCAUUUCUCCACAGAGGACUUCUUGUCUCUAUUAGACUGGACCACACCCGUGCUGUGCUAGUCGUCACUUUGCAUAAGAUUGUGGCCCAUGGACUGUCAGUUUUACAACAUAUUUUACAUGAAUAUUUGAUGUUGAUCACUCCUAUGUUUAAAUAGAUUUUUUUUUUUUACUUGAUUAUUAUUAUGUUUUGUUUUUAAUAUUUUGGCUACCUAUUAUUUUGACUCAAUUUGAUGUUUUCCAAUAUUUACUUAGGAAACAAGUGCAAUGCUUAUUUAUUUCACAUUUAUUUAAUUUUUAUUUUACAAACAAUUUAUACCUGUGAAGGGAGGGGCUGCAUACUUUUUUUUUAAUUUUUUUUUUUUUGUGUGUGUGUCAAUUUGUAAUAAUGUAUUUAUAAAAUAUUUGUGCUUAUUUAUUUUAAAAUCAAAAUCAUUGCUCUAUUAGAGCAAGAUUGCUUGCUGUGAUUGGCUAUUAGUUUCCCCUGACUAGCAAUGUGAUAUAACUAACACAGCAAAAAAAAUAAAUAAUUAUAUUUUCGAAAGGAUUAUGUCAUUUUAUAUCCUUGUGAAGAAAACAGAAAUUGAUCUUGACAACCAUACAGUGCUAAGAUAUUGGAUAAAAAGUAAAAACUGGAAAAUGCUUGUAAUAAGUAACUUGGGUAACCUAUCUGGAAUGGUAGAACUCCUGGAUGCUAAGGGAGAGCUCUUGGAUGCUAAGGGCCUGAUAAUGAUUGAAACUUCGAUCCUUGUUUCCAGACUUGUGAAGUGGGUAUCCAUUAUAGGAAUUAAGGAGUGGAUCACAAUGCACACCUGACAACAUUCUUUUUCAUAAUCUUAGCUCUCAGGUGAACUCUGUUAGUCUUAGGAUAGGAAGUAAUAAUCAGUGAUCUUUAUACAGAUCAUGACCUAUUACUGACUGAUGCACUUGAAACAGAGAAUCUUCAGUCUUGAAUUAGGUAGGCUUGUUUAUGUCAUAACAAUGUCACUUGAAAUAUUUUGAUGGGGAUCAAGGCCAGUUAUUGCAUUUCACAUUUUUAAGUUGGAUUUUUUGGCUUUUAUGUUUUGGCUUAUUUCUUUGAUAUGAUCAUAUUGUAUCUUUUUUUUUUGGUGUAUGUAAUACAUUUGAAAAUAUUGCAGUGUGAAUAUACCGUUAUAAUGACUUCAUGUUUCAAAACUAACAUAUUGUCUUGUGAUUUUCACAUUCAUAUCUCUAUGGUUUAUGAUUUUGAGAAUGUCCUUAAAGAUUUGUCACGGAUCAAGAAAUCCUCUUGGCCUCAUUGAGACUACAUCUUUCCCCCACAUUGAAUGUAGUUCAUGUCAACCUAAUGGCUGUGUGCUUUUCAUACUUUGUGUGUGUGCAUGUGUUUCUUAGUUCAAUUCUUUUUAUGCUAAAUAUUUUAUUUAUACAAACAUGUGCAUUUUUUUUUGUAAGAUAGUGGCUUAUACUUGACCUAAGAUAGAUCUACAUAUUCACACCUGAUGUAGACCCCAACCUCUGGCACUAGUUCGGUCUUAAAACAAGAGGAACUCUUUAAAACUUUUUUUUUUUCAGUAUGAUCACUAAUCUUAAAAGUUUGCAGUUCACACCUGCUGUAGCAUAAUGUCAAAUUUAAAAACCUAGAAUGUUGACUGAAUUUAACCCAAAUAAUCCCCAGAUUGAUAUAACUUGUUUUGCUGGUGUUAUAAUCUGAGAUAUUGUGUUUUAUGCAAUUUUUUUUUUUUUGUUUGAGUUCUCCAAUGUUUCUUGUAUUUGUAAACAUCAGUAUUAUUCUCUACAUUUCUUUCUAUUUCAAGUCCUCUACUUUGAUUGACAUUUGCCCUUGGUGUAGUUUUAGUUUUCGUCUCACCUUUUGACCCACUUAGGUUAGCAUCACCGAGCCACGUCAUCCAUUUUCCCCGCUCUUGCGACAUUUUCCUAGUUUCUUCCAUGCAAGUAUCAUCAUUGCAUUUCGAACACAAAAACUUCAUGAACAGUUUCGCUAUUCAGCUUUUUUUUUCUUUUCUUGGUCAUGUGACUCAUCAGUGCAUGUAUGUUGCAUUGAGAUAACUACUGCAAAUGACACUGUCAUCUUGGAAGAAAUAGGAGAUAGUUAUUGCAUCAGAGAAUGAAAGAUUAUGAACUGGUUGUGGAAGGGAGGGAAGAGGUUGUGGCUUAUAGCCUCCCCUUGUUUUGUAUUUGUGAUUUUUUUUUUUGUUAACUUGGCUUGGGCCUCAUAAUCUUGUACAAAUUUAAUUCUUUUUUUUUUUACUUUACUACACUGACUUUUACUUUGACAACUUUUGAAUUGGGUUGUUAUUGUUAUUGUAAUUUUUAAAGAAAAUUGAAUAGAUCCUUAUUACUACUACCUUUUUUUUUUUUUGUUUUUAUUACAAUGGAAAGAUUUUUCUCUUCAAAACAUUUUAAUGUUUUUUUUUCUGCCAUGCUAUGAGCCAGGAGAAGUUUUUGCCCCAGAAAGAUAUUUGGUGUUUGUUUGGCAUCACUUAAAGUUGCACCGUGCCCAUCAUCUAGUCAUGCACACACACACACACACACUCUCAUAAACUUAACUUUGGUAUGUCCUAAAAACACCCUGUGUUUUGACUAUUUUGGGUCAGCUCUUUCUAACAUCUAUGUUCUACCCCUUCCGUCAAAACUUUAAAAAAAGCAUUUUAACAUUUUGUGUUUUCCUGAUGGUUUUGUUUAGUCAAUCUUUGCGGUGUUUGUUGAUAGCUACUGACACAUUGACAUGUAUGAACAAAUAAGCAAUUCUAUCAGUAAUAAUAGCUGCUUUGGAUUGAUAUGAUGAACUUUGAUGCUUUGAACAUGUUUUUUUGGUAGAUGAAGUUUUUUUUUUGUUGUGUUUUUUUCAAUUGUAACGUAAAACUUUGGGAAUUUAAUUUCAUAUGUAACCAUUUUAUUUAAAAGAAAAACAAAUGUGAAAAUAAUUUUUUUUUUAAAACCCUUUCCAGAAUGUGUCUGACUAAAACAAAAACAUUUGGCUGCUCUGUUUCCUUGUUUGUAUUUCCCUCAUAGGCUAGGUAUUCACAUUAGUCUUUAGUUUUUAUUUAUUCAACAAGAGAGAUAGUAAAUUUCUUCUUACCUGUUUGCUGGACAUAAUUCAAACUACCUGUAGAGAUGUGUAUUUCAUGAGUAGAGUCCUAGUACCAUUGGAUUCUGUACCAUAAUUGUGUGUGUGGAUACCUUUGUAUACAUAUUUUUUUUUAAGUAUUACUUAUUUACUAGUAGUGAUUUUCUUUUAAAGAUCUUUUAUUCAUUAAAAGAAAAAUGUUAAAAUUUUAAAAUUUGUAUAUAAAUUGAUGAAAUAUUUGUCUGUGUGUUUCUAGAUCUUAAUUGUGCAUGUUUUUUUUUCCCUUAUUGGAAUCUCUCUCUUUCCCUUCACACAGAAACAUGUAUCCACAGCUGAACAUGACAUGGAUAUGCUGUUAUGAACAGCAUAUAGAACACAUAAAGUAAAACAGCAGACACUUUGUGUGUACAUUGAAGUUUGUUUUUAUGUCUUGCUGUUGGACAGUUCGCCAAAGGCUGUGCCGCCCUCUCAUGAUUUGUCUAACUUGAUUAAUUCAGAAAGUGUAUAAUAUUAUUCUUAUGAUUAACUAAGUGUUGUGGCACCAGAUCAGCCAAAACUAAAUGGCACACCUGAACUGAGUGGUUGACAUCUUUGUUCUUCUUACUCUACAAAAGUCUUCUCUGAUUUCACUUGGACUUGUGCCAGAUUUAGUGGGAAAAACAAACAUUGAACUGUGUCAUUUAACGAACAGUUUGAGGCGCAAUAUUAUCAUAGACGUUAGGGUUGUUAUUUUUGUUAAAAUUGGGCUAUUAUUGUGUAAUGUAGGUUCCAGGACAAAUGAAACACUAAAUGGUAUAUGUUCAAUGUAUGGGUUUAUUUUAAAAGUGUUUUGCUGACACAAGGGAACAAAGUUCAGAAUCUCACUGGCAAGUGGCGGAUGAAUACAAUGUCAAUGAUCUUGUAGCCUCGAUUCAAAGGUAUAUUCCGCAUAUCUCUAGAAAUAAACUGAUUGAAUUCACAUGUUAAAGGAAAAGUUUCAGUUAAAAACCAGCAGUCUCAGUUGAAUGUAAAUGAUGCCCAAAACAGAAAGAUGCUAGUCUGGAAGCAUAACGACUUCCUCAGUUAACCAAAACAAUGUUAACAUAACAUUUUUGUGUUCUUUUUAAUUCUAUUAUUAUCUUCUUAAUUCUAUAGCAACAGAUCAAAAUGUUGAUGGUUAACUCAUUGGAUAUUUACUUUUUUUUUCUUUCAGAUUUUUAUGUUCUAAUUACUUUUUUUUCCCUAGAGUUUUAUUUGACAGCUCUAUGUGUCCACUCAGAUGAAAUAAAACUCCAUUUGGCUGUUUAAA